CCUCCCCUGCUUCCAACAAUAACUGCUACACCAGCAAUCUUCAACGGUACCCUUUACUUUCCAAGCUGGAAUGGAUACCUCUAUGCGGUUAAAGCAUCAGAUGGAUCUCUUGUAUGGAAGCAGAACCUGCAGAAUUUAACUGGCCUUAACGCAACCGGAUUUGUUACUAAUGUUAACUGGACAGUGUCUAGAUCAACUCCAACAAUAGCUGGUGACAUGCUCAUCAUUGGAAUCUAUGGACCUGCUGUUGUCAUUGGCGUUGACCGAGCAACAGGAAGGCUUGCGUGGUCUACUCGGCUGGAAAGCAAUCCGGCAGGCGCUGUUACCAUGUCUGGAACAUUUCAUAAUGGGAGCUUCUAUGUUGGAACAUCAUCAUUCGAAGAAAAACUUAGCAUUAAGCAGUGCUGCAUUUUCCGGGGUAGCCUCUCCAAAUUAGACAUCAAAACGGGUACCAUACUGUGGCAGACCUACGUUUUGCCGGAUAAUCAUGGCGAGAAAGGAGAGUAUGCCGGUGGGGCUAUCUGGGGAAGCAGCCCUUCCAUAGGUGUCCUGAGAAAUUUUGUAUAUAUUGCCACUGGUAACCUAUAUUCGGCUCCUUUAAAUAUUCGUGAAUGCCAGGAACAGCAGAACAAUCAGACUGUCCCUACUCAACCUGACCCUUGCAUUGAGCCUGAUAACCACUCCAAUUCCAUCUUAGCAUUUGAUUUAGACUCCGGCAAGAUCAAGUGGUACAGGCAACUAGGAGGCUACGACCUGUGGUUUAGGGCAUGUAACAAUCUUUCGACCCCAAAUUGCCCACCUGGCCCCAACCCAGAUGCUGAUUUUGGGGAGGCACCAAUGAUGCUGAGCAUAUAUCUCAAUGGAACCAUGCCAGAUAUUGUAGUGGCGGUUCAGAAAAGUGGUUUCGCAUGGGCUUUAGAUCGCGAUGAUGGCAGCCUCGUUUGGUACACCGAGGCCGGACCUGGUGGCGUUACUGGAGGAGGCACCUGGGGGGCAGCCACGGACGGCAAGAGGGUCUACACCAACAUUCUCAACAGCGAUGGCAAGAACUUCACUCUCAAACCAUCCAACACAAUCACCAACGCCGGCGGAUGGGUGGCAAUGGAUGCUAACACUGGCAAAACCCUAUGGUCCACAGCCAAUCCCAGCAAUGCCAGCACCAAUGGUCCAGUGACCAUCGCUAACGGUGUCCUCUUUGCUGGAUCAACACAUCCAACAGGACCAAUGUACGCCAUGGAAGCCGCCUCUGGAAGAAUCCUUUGGUCGCACAACACUGGAGCCUCUGUGUUCGGUGGCGCCUCGGUGAGUAACGGAUGCAUCUAUGUUGGGAGUGGAUACAAUGUCAACAGUGGACCACAUUUUUCAUUCACAGGUGGAACUUCACUCUUUGCCUUCUGUCUGUCAUGAACCCAGCCACAUUUCAGGGGUGAAUCUACGUAGCAUAUAUCCAUGAACAAACACUUCACAUGGUAUGUUUCCAGGAAAAAUAAAGUGUUGAAUGAGGAUGUAUAUACAAUCAAGGAAAAUGAGAACCUUGGUAGUGUAUAAUUUAUUGUUUAGGUAAGGAUUUGCUGAUAAAUAUAUUUUCAAAAGUGAUUCUGGAAAAGAGUCAAUGAAUCAUGAAUUUUCGUAAAUUUAGUUUGGAUUUGUUAAGGUCAAAAUCCAAACUAUAAUUCACCACCAUGGCCCAUGGCCCUUUUUCAAUCAUGCCGACCUUUACACAACCCAAUGUU